UUUUUCCCCAUUUUUCUAAACUUUCUUUCAUUUUCUUCUAUAUCUUUUUUCUCUAUAAAUUGCCUUCUCAACAAUCUCAAAAACCUCUUCCACUUCUGCUCUCUUCCCCCCCGCCCUUUUAGAUUCUAGGCUCUUUCUGCUCUUCUUCUUGUUUUUGCGUUUCCCUUGUAGAGGUUCUGCUGGUCUUUCUCUGUUUUCCUCUGUUCUUUGCACAUCCUUUUAGUAGGUUUUUGCCCUUCUGUGGGCGGUUUUGGUUGUUAAGCUUUGGAUUCCAGAGUCUAUACCAAAAACCCAUAAAGUCAAACUCUUGAAAAAACUCCAUCAUCCAGCAGACAAUUAUCUUGUUUUUGCUGAGAUUUGCUGUUGGUUUUGAUCCUUUUUUUCUGCCAAAAAAGAAGCUUUCUUUUCUUCUGUUAUAAAUCUUCAUGCUGCGUAAGUUGUUGUGGUUGUUGAUGUUUGAGAUUCAUGUCUCCAGUUGUCAGUGAAAUCCUCCGCUCCGGGUUUAUGAUAAAUUCCUCCCUCAGACGCAGGACCCAUCUUGUUCAAUCUUUCUCAGUUGUCUUCCUCUAUUGGUUCUAUGUUUUUUCAUAAAUAAACUUUUUGUGAUUGCUUGAGUUUCCCUAUAUAAAUAUAAUAAUAAGUCAAAUAAAUAACUGUCUAGAUUACCUAAAUAUAACUAGUAUCUGGAUCCUGUCCACUUUGGGUUUAGAUUAAUCUUGAAAUAUUAGUCUUUUUUUGUUGAAGUUUUUAGCUGUAGUUUUUGUGUAAAUAUAAUAUGGCUUCGUCUAGUGGAAAUUCCAAUUCCUCAGGUUCCACUCUGCUUCAGAAUUCCGGCUCUGAAGAGGACUUGCAACAUCUGAUGGAUCAAAGAAAAAGAAAGAGAAUGGAAUCAAACCGAGAAUCAGCAAGAAGAUCCAGGAUGAGAAAACAGAAGCACCUAGAUGAUUUAGUGUCCCAAGUGACACAGCUAAGGAAGGAUAAUAACCAAAUCCUGACAAGCAUCAACUUCACCACCCAGCACUACUUGAACAUUGAGGCUGAGAACUCUGUUUUGAGGGUUCAGAUGAUGGAAUUAAGCCAAAGGCUAGAGUCCCUUAAUGAGAUCCUCGAUUAUCUCAACAGUACCACAACCAAUGGUGGCCUGUAUGAAACUGGUCAGGGUUUUGAAACAAGCUCUGCUGACAGUUUCACCAACCCUUUCAAUCUGCCUUAUCUUAACCAGCCCAUCAUGGCCUCUGCAGACAUCUUUCAACACUGAUCUUCAUCCUCAUCAUCGUCAUCAUCAUCAUCAUCAUCAUUACUAAAUGGAUGGAAAACCAAAACUGGUCAAAAUUUAUGGAUGUCUUUAUAUAUUCUUUUGUUGUUGGUGGUGUUUCUUCAAUGAGUGGAGAGGGAAAAAGAGGGUAUUAUUAUUUUUUUCCCCUUCUUUAAUGUUUGUUCUUGUUAUUAUUACUAUUAUUACUAAAAUAUUAGUCUUAUUGGCAACUAGGGUGAUGCAAAACAUGACUGUAAGAGAAUUGGCAACCAGCAAGUAAAGCUGCUUGCUAGGGGAUAAAAUUUAUCAAGUUUCUGUAAAAUGGGAGGGGGGGUUUCCUGUGGAAAUGUUUGUGGUCUCCCCCACUUUAUAAACUAGUGUAUUAUUAAUUUCCUUCA